CAAAUUUAUAUAGUGAAACUUAACGAGGCAGGUGAGUCCGCCAUAUUAGGCUGAAAAUGACAACGCCUCGUCACGAUCUGUUUCUGCGGAUCAAGCAGCACCUCAAAGACGAAGAAAGCAAUGACCUCCGCACCUACAUAGAGAGCGAAGAACUUUUGCCAGCUGGAGAGAUCCAACACUUGAAUCCUCAACAGAUUUUGAGGAAACUGGAACAAAAGCUGAAGUUACCGAAGGGAGACCUCUCUCUACUUGUUGACCUGAUGACAAAGAUCGGCAGGGUCGACUUUGCGGAGGAGGCGGAGAAGAUUGCUGAACAAGAGAGGGGAGUACAGUCCUCCAGUAGUCAGCUGAAGAGGAAGAAGGAGAACGGAGAUCAGCCUCCUGUGAAGAGAAAAGUUCAACUUAGGGAGGGAUCAGCAAUGGAAGAUGUUAGAAAGUACUUCAUUUUCAUCAAGAAAAAGGUCAGCUCAGAUUGGGAGGACCUGGCCUUCUUUCUUGGGUUUCAGCAAGCAGCUAUCAACAACAUCGCAGGCAGGAACCCAGAUGACAAUUCUCGCUGUAUGGACCUGUUGGAGGAAUGGCUCAAGCAGAAUGGAGAGAGAGCCACUAUAGAGGUCCUGAUGAAAGCUCUGUCUGAGGCAGAGCUACAGAGUACUGUGGAUGAACUGAAGAAAAAAUAUCCAGAACUGCACUGUUCAGAUCCAGUCCUUCCUGUGCAACUACAGCUGGGCCUGGCACCACAAACAUCUGAACAAAUCAAAGCAAGCCUCUGGAAACUGGCGCAGGAGCUGUUUACUGCAGAGGUGUUAAUGGAUGACGAUCGCCGCAGGAAAGCAGAACAGGUCUUGCUGUCAUACAAGGCUUUUCUAACAGGUCUCCUUAGUGGAUCUGUCAUCCUCCUCCUGACGUUCCUGCGCCAGACUGAUGUGGACAGGUUCUACCACAACCACUACAGGGUGGGGGAGGGAACCCUGUCUCAACAACUCUCACACAUCCUCAUCUCAGACGACCUACAGGACAAGGUCAAGGGCGCCCAGCUGAUUGUGAGGCUCCAGGUGAAGCAUGAAGACUAUGUGCGAGUACGAGACCGACUGGGGCAAGGACUGGACCGUACCACUUCUGUGGACAACCUGCUGGCCCUGCCACCCUCCAGCAGGCAUGUGGACCAUUCCAGCCUGAGAGGCCUAGACUUGGCUGUGGUGAGUACAGACAGGACUGAAGAUGUCCCAGCACUGAACUUCACAGCCAAACAGGUACAGACAGCCAUGCACACAAGUAAGGAGAAAUCACAACAACAACUUGAGACGAUGCAGGGGCAGGUGGAGACAGGUAGGAUUGGAGUAGAUGCCAUGAUGAGGGAGGUAAAGAUGCUGAGAGAGAAAAAUGAGAAAGCAGAGAAAAUCCUCCUGGAACAAAAGGCAGAAAUGAAUGAGGAAAUCCAGCAGCUUCAGGAGUCCAACAAGAGCCUGGAGGUCAGAAUAGAGGAGCUGCUGACUGCCAAGCAACCAGUGGCUAGUGGAAGUCAGCAGAAAGAUCCAGGGAAGGAGAAAUCACAACAACAAGUCAGGCAUUUGGAAGAUCAGCUGCAGACAAUGAGGGAACAGAUGCACACAGCCAGAGAACAGACUGAUGACAUGGUGCGCAGGCUGACCAAUGAGACUGCCAGGCUAAAAGAGAAAGACGUGGAGGUACAGAAAAUCCUUAUGGAAGAAAAGGAGGAAAACAAGAGGUUAAGUGAGGCCAACAAGAGCAUGGCAGAUACAAUAGAGGCACUGAUGUAUGCUUUACACACAGCAAAGCCAAAGGCUGGUGAUCAGGGGAAGGAUCCAGGGAAAGAGGAAGACCCAGGGAAGGACCCAGGGAAGGACCUAGGGAAAGAGGAAGACCCAGGGAAGGACCCAAGGAAAGAGGAAGACCCAGGGAAGGACCCAGGGAAAGAGGAAGACCUAGGGAAGGACCCUAGGAAAGAGGAAGACCCAGGGAAGGACCUAAGGAAAGAGGAAGACCCAGGGAAGGACCCAAGGAAAGAGGAAGACCCAGGGAAGGGCCCAGGGAAAGAGGAAGACCCAGGGAAGGACCCUAGGAAAGAGGAAGACCCAGGGAAGGAUCCAAUGAAAGAGGAAGACCCAGGGAAGGACUCAGGGAAAGAGGAAGACCCAGGGAAGGAUCCAGUGAAAGAGGAAGACCCAGGGAAGGACCCAGGGAAAGAGGAAGACACAGGAAAGGACCCAGGGAAAGAGGAAGACACAGGGAAUGACCCAAGGAAAGAGGAAGACCCAGGGAAGGAUCCAGGGAAAGAGGAAGACCCAGGGAAGGACCCAGGGAAGGAGGAAGACCCAGGGAAGGACCCAGGGAAGAACCCAGGGAAGAACCCAGGGAAAGAGGAAGACCCAGGGAAGGACCUAGGGAAGAUGGAAGACCCAGGAAAGGACCCUAGGAAAGAAGAACACCUAGGGAAGGACCCAGGGAAAGAUUUUUUGGGUUGUGAGGAGAUGGACCUGGACACGUUCUACAUGGCUGUGGAGGAAGGUGACGUGCAGACGUUGAGGAGGGGGCUGGACGCUGGGGUGGACCUCAGGGUCAAGAGAUACUGGCAGGGCUCGGGUCACCAGACGUCCCUGCAUGUGGCCAGCAGGCACGGGCAGACUGAAGUGGCGGCAUUGCUGAUCAAACACGGUGCCGACCUGGAGGCGAGGGACAAGGUAAGUAGAAAUAACUCAGUCCUGACUUCUCCGGACCUGAACCUUGACAGUGUGACUCGUGGUUCCCUUGUCAUGUCUCCAUUCUGA